AGAUGGCCGCGUGCUUUAUGACAGCGGUGGAUGACAGAUACGAGUAUUUCCUAAAUCGUGUCCUUCUAUACUUUAUAUACUUAACUGUGCUAUACUCGGAGUGGUGGAUACGUUCGUGCUAACCUAAUGGAAAUUACAAUUUUUUUCGUAAAUCGACAAGACUUCGACACGGCAUCCCCGGCACUUGAAUGCCGUUAUAAAAUAAUUCAAGCACGAUGGACGCAGGACUUCGAUAAAUUUCCGGCUGAAUUCAAGGAAUCGUAUAAUGGCCGCUAUUGAAGCGGCGGCGGCGACCUCGUCGUUUUAAGAGGACGGCCCGGUCGCUGAUCCUUAUCCGUGUAGGAAGUCAUCUUCUCCGCAUAGACGGGAUUCAAUGGCGUCGCCAGCAUGUGAAGCCGACUUAAGCUCCAAGCCUUACAUCCAGGUAACAAGUGACUCCACUUCGCGCCAGGAUUACUCAGCUCUCGGGUCCCUGCUGUUGCCACUGCAUUACUCUACUGACCUACUGAUCUUAAUAAUGCACUUGUCACACGGCACGACGAUGACUGGCAAAUGGACGAUAUUACCAGCUGCUGCUCGAGGCUACAUUGAGAAUUGGCUUACCCUCUCUAUUAUUCCUAUAUCCGGUAUCGAUUGCCAGCUAAUGAUCCAGCAGGAUGCAAUGCUCAUCUUACUAAAGCAAGACCUUUACCAUCUCUUUAUAACGAAGCAUCAUCAAAAUUCAGACACGUUUGUACAACCAGUCGUCAUAUCGCAAAACACACGUGCGAUUCACUGUCCCUUUUCAAAUAUGACAGACGCAACAACGUGUUUCGAACUGAGCAUACGUGAUGGAAUCAUCAAAUCGUCUACGUCAUCGGGACCUCCUCGUGGCAUACUCCAAUCAGCAUACCCAUCUACGUGUCUCUACGUCUCCUACGGAUAUGUGGCGGGUCUAUAAAUCCCCCAACACUUAUUCCAUGUGCAAAAUUUCGCGUACUCCAACGGUUUCACAUGUACGUACAUAUGUGCACAAUGUAGUCAGAGCUCGUGGCGCCAAGUAAGUUCGAAACGCACGAGCGCGGUUCUCACGGGUCGUGCGUGCUACGCACAUUUACGUGGUUACGCAGGAGAGGGAGGGUGGAUGCGUAGAGAGGGGAGGCACGAAGCAGUCACGCGUGAAGGCACGGACCCACGGGAGCCGCAUGACAACUGGCAGUGGGGCCCAGUGGGCCCCCACGGAACCGUCCGACUGCUCGGAGCGCACUACUUUGGAUUGUUGCAGACCCCUUCCCGUCUGGGAAUGGGACUCGGGACGGAAAUUGGGUCUGAUCCAGCUGACAGUACGGAAAGUUGUAUUAGAAUGUUCUUGCUCAGAUUAAACGGGUCUUAUCAGCUUC